AUGGUAGCAGUGAGAGUAGGUGGCGGACCACUAGAUGAUGGCGUUGCUACAAGAGGAGAUAACAGGCCACCAUAUGAUGACACUUCUACAAGAGGAGGUGGUGGGCCACCGGAUGAUGGCGCUGGUGGAGUGUUAGCUGCUUCCAGUGACGUCAUCGGAUGUAUUGGGUUGUACGGUGGUUUUGAUGGCUCACCGGUCGUCUUUACUGCAAAACCCACUCAACAACACCAGGCGCCGGAAAUGACAGACAAAGGACUGUUGUGGCAAGAAGGUGACACCACUAGCCUGAUUCGACCAAUGCAGUCCCUCGAUGGAAGCGAUCCAUCGACACUGGAAGGUCAACCGCUAGCACAAAGACCGACAACGCCACCGGUCAGUUCCGUUGCAGAGUUCAUCGCUAGUUUAUGGCGACCGACACCCGUCGCAACGGCACACUCGGCCACGACGACCAUCAUAGUUCCCCAAAGGGGAUCGACCACACAAUCACAGUCAGCAGUUUGCCAGCAGCGAUCAACGCGCCAGGCAGGGACUAGCACCUAG